AUGUUUCCCCUGACUCCAGUCUUGAUAGCAGUUGUCUGCAUUUUGAUUGUGUGGAUCUUUAAAAAUGCUGAUGGAAACAUCGAGAGAAGGAAAGGGGAGGCGAGAGCCAAGUCGGAGGCUCGACCCUGGGUGGAUGAAGACUUAAAGGACAGCACUGACCUCCACCAGGUGGAAGAAGACGCUGAUGAGUGGCAGGAGUCAGAGGAAACCGUUGAGCACGUCCCAUUCUCCCACACCCGGUACCCUGAGAAGGAAAUGGUCACGCGAUCCCAGGAAUUUUAUGAGCUGCUCAAUAAGAGGCGCUCUGUGCGAUUCAUAAGUAAUGAGCAAGUCCCAAUGGAAGUCAUUGACAAUGUCAUCAAAACAGCAGGAACGGCCCCGAGCGGGGCGCACACGGAGCCCUGGACCUUCGUGGUCGUGAGGGACCCCGGCAUGAAGCAUAAGGUCCGGGAGGUCAUCGAAGAGGAGGAGGAGGUCAAUUACCUGAAGAGGAUGGGCCAGCGAUGGGUCACAGACCUGAAGAAACUGAGAACGAAUUGGAUUAAAGAGUACUUGGACACUGCUCCUGUUUUAAUUCUCAUUUUCAAACAAGUGCAUGGUUUUACUGCCAAUGGCAAGAGAAAGAUCCACUACUACAAUGAGAUCAGUGUCUCCAUCGCCUGUGGCAUCCUCCUCGCUGCCCUGCAGAACGCGGGACUGGUGACUGUCACCACCACUCCUCUCAACUGUGGCCCCCGUCUGAGGGUGCUCCUGAGCCGCCCCGCAAAUGAAAAGCUGCUGAUGUUGCUCCCCGUGGGAUACCCCAGCAAAGAGGCCACAGUGCCCGACCUAAAACGGAAGCCUCUGGAUCAGAUCAUGGUGACUGUGUAGGCAGGAGGCCAGCAGGGAGCUGCUGGAAGGUGAUGGCCUUGCUCCCC